GAACGGGAGUGGGGUAAGGCCAGGAAAAUUAAACAAGCACUAAAAAUAUUGUCAAGCUGCUGACAGCACAGUCACAAGCCCCAGGCCUGGGUGGCAUCCAGACAGCCCUGGUCUUUCUAGACAGCCCCCUUCUCCAGGCUCAGCGACCUGUCUGGCUGUGAGCUCCCAGGAGGUCCCAGGGGUGUGACCUCCCUCCCUCCCUCCCUCCCUUUUCCCUUCACCCCAGGCCAGUCCAGGGCCAGCUAUAAAGCUGGCCCAGCCUGGCUCUCAGCACGCCCAGCUGCCUAAGACCCUCCUUCAGUCUCCUUAGAGGACAGCUCCAUUCUGCCUCCUGCUCCUCCAGAGCAGUACCAUGCGGCCCCUGUGGCUCUGUUGGGCACUCUGGGUGCUGCCCUUGGCCGGCCCGGGGGUGGCCAUGACUGGGGAGCAGCUCCUGGGCAGCCUGCUGCGGCAGCUGCAGCUCAGCGAGGUGCCUGUACCGGACAGGGUCGACAUGGAGGAGCUGGUCAUCCCCGCCCAGGUGAGGGCCCAGUAUGUGGCCCUGCUGCGGCGCAGCCAUGGGGACCGCUCCCGUGGGAAGAGGUUCAGCCACAGCUUCCGAGAGGUGGCCGGCAGGUUCCUGGCGUCGGAGGCCGCGCUGCACAGGCACGGGCGGCUGUCCCCGCGCAGCGCCUGGGCCCGGGUGACCGUCGAGUGGCUUCGCGUCCGCGACGACGGCUCCAACCGCACUUCUCUCAUCGACUCCAGGCUGGUGUCCGCCCACGAGAGCGGCUGGAAGGUCUUCGACGUGACCGAGGCCGUGAACUUCUGGCAGCAGCUGAGCCAGCCCCGGCCUCCUCUGCUGCUACAGGUGUCGGUGCAGAGGGAGCACCUGGGCCCGCUGGCGUCCGGCGCCCACAGAUUGGUCCGCUUUGCCUCGCAGGGGGCGCCGGCCGGGCUUGGGGAGCCCCAGCUGGAACUGCACACGCUGGACCUCAGGGACUAUGGAGCUCAGGGCGACUGUGACCCUGACGCACCAGUGACCGAGGGCACCCGUUGCUGCCGCCAGGAGAUGUACAUUGACCUGCAGGGGAUGAAGUGGGCCGAGAACUGGGUGCUGGAGCCCCCGGGCUUCCUGGCUUAUGAGUGUGUGGGCACCUGCCAGCAGCCCCCGGAGGCCCUGGCCGUCAAGUGGCCAUUUCUGGGGCCGCGACAGUGCAUUGCCUCGGAGACUGCCUCGCUGCCCAUGAUCGUCAGCAUCAAGGAGGGAGGCAGGACCAGGCCCCAAGUGGUCAGCCUGCCUAACAUGAGGGUGCAGAAGUGCAGCUGUGCCUCGGAUGGGGCGCUCGUGCCAAGGAGACUCCAGCCAUAGGUGCCUGGUGUAUCCAUUGAGUCCUCUAACUGAACAUGUGCAUAGAAGUGGUCUAAUGUAGGUCCUAACUUUAUACUUAGCAAGUUACCCCAUCCCAAUUUAGUGCUCCUGUAUGACCUUUGCCCUGUGUCCUUCCAUUUCCUGUAUUUCCUAUCCAUCACCCAUCCUAAGCACUUACAUGAGUAAAUAAUGCAGCUCAGAUGCUGAGCUCUAGUAGGAAAUGCUGGCAUGCCGAUUACAAGAUACAGCUGAGCAAUGCACAAAUUUUCAGCUGGGAGUUUCUGUUCUCUGGCAAAUUCUUAACUGAGUCUGGAACAAUAAUACCCUAUGAUUAGACAGAACUGAAUUGCCCUAUUAUAUAAAGAAUUAAAACUUUCAAAUCUCUAUUUCCCCCAAAUGCUGACCCAUUCUGGACUUUUGUAAACAUACCUAGACCCCUGUUCCCCUGAGAGGGUGCUAAGAGGAAGGAUGAAGGCUUCAGGCUGGGGGCAGUGGACAGGGAAUCAGGAUGCCUGGUUUCUGGAUCUGACAGGGCCACAAGCUAGGGUCUCAAACAAACGCAGAAGGCUUUGGGUUGUCAUUUCCUCUUAAAAAGGAGGAGCUGGGCUUCAGCUCUAAGACUUCAUUGCCUUGGGGAUAAGAUAGCCCCUACCUACCCCUGCCCACCCUUCUGGAGACUGAGCCUUGCCUGUGCAUAUUUAGGUCAUUUCCCACACUGUCUUAGAGAACUUGUCACCAGAAACCACAUGUAUUUGAGUGUUUUUUGUUAAUUUAGCCAAAGCAAUUGAAUGUAGAUAGAAGAAAUAAAAAGUGAUGUUUCACUC